CACGGCCCCAUCUGACGAGCGGCCAUUCAUCAGGCCGGCUGGCCUAUCAAUGACAUUGCUCCCAUCGGGGCUCCUAUAAAAUGAUGCUUUUUCCCAUGAAACAUCCGCAAACAUUUUGACGGGUUUGGCUUUGCCCGGCUGGAUUACUGAGUGUCCCCUCGCUCGCUCGCUCGCUCUCCCCCUUCUCCGUUCGCUCGCUCGCUCGCUCUUUUCUUCUUCCUCUUUUCUUCUUUCUCUUUCUUUUCCUUUGCUCUUUUAUCUUUUUUUUUUCCUUUCCGCUCUUGCACGCUCUCAGCCUUUGCCUCUCUCCUUCUCCGUUCCCUUGCUCCCUGGGCAUCUCUAGCACAGGGGGAUCCCCAGCCAUCAGGACUUUUGGGGGGCGCCUGUGCUGUCCAUGGGAAGAGCAUGCAUUGUGGGUUACUGGAGGAACCCGACAUGGAUUCCACAGAGAGCUGGAUUGAAAGAUGUCUCAAUGAAAGCGAAAACAAACGUUAUUCCAGCCACACAUCUCUGGGGAAUGUUUCUAAUGACGAAAAUGAGGAAAAAGAAAAUAAUAGAGCAUCCAAGCCCCACUCCACGCCAGCGACUCUGCAAUGGUUGGAGGAGAACUACGAGAUCGCGGAGGGGGUGUGCAUCCCCCGCAGCGCCCUCUACAUGCACUACCUGGAUUUCUGUGAGAAGAACGACACCCAGCCCGUCAACGCCGCCAGCUUUGGGAAGAUCAUAAGGCAGCAGUUUCCUCAGCUGACCACCAGAAGACUUGGCACCCGUGGACAGUCCAAGUACCAUUACUACGGCAUUGCGGUGAAGGAGAGCUCGCAAUAUUACGAUGUGAUGUAUUCCAAGAAAGGGGCUGCCUGGGUGAGCGAGACGGGCAAGAAGGAAGUGAGCCGGCAGACGGUGGCCUACUCGCCCCGCUCCAAGCUCGGGACGCUGCUGCCUGAGUUUCCGAAUGUCAAAGACCUCAACCUGCCCGCGAGUCUGCCCGAGGAGAAGGUCUCCACCUUCAUCAUGAUGUACAGAACACACUGUCAGCGGAUCCUGGACACCGUCAUAAGAGCCAACUUCGAUGAGGUUCAGAGUUUCCUCCUGCACUUUUGGCAAGGCAUGCCGCCGCACAUGCUCCCCGUGCUGGGCUCCACCACCGUGGUCAACAUCGUCGGCGUGUGCGACUCCAUCCUCUACAAGGCCAUCUCCGGGGUGCUGAUGCCCACCGUGCUGCAGGCGCUGCCCGACAGUUUGACUCAGGUGAUCCGAAAGUUCGCCAAGCAGCUGGACGAGUGGCUCAAGGUGGCUCUCCAUGACCUCCCGGAGAAUUUGCGCAACAUCAAGUUUGAACUGUCCAGAAGGUUCUCCCAAAUUCUGCGGCGCCAGACAUCUCUAAAUCAUCUCUGCCAGGCGUCCCGCACAGUGAUCCACAGCGCGGACAUCACCUUCCAGAUGCUGGAGGACUGGAGGAACGUGGACCUCAACAGCAUCACCAAGCAGACGCUCUACACCAUGGAGGACUCGCGGGACGAGCACCGCAAGCUCAUCAUCCAGUUGUACCAGGAGUUUGACCACCUCCUGGAGGAGCAGUCUCCCAUUGAGUCCUACGUCGAGUGGCUGGACACCAUGGUGGACCGGUGUGUGGUGAAGGUGGCCGCCAAGCGACAAGGGUCCCUGAAGAAAGUGGCCCAGCAGUUCCUUCUGAUGUGGUCCUGCUUCGGCACCCGGGUCAUCCGGGACAUGACCUUGCACAGUGCCCCCAGCUUCGGGUCUUUUCACCUAAUUCACUUGAUGUUUGAUGACUACGUGCUCUACCUGUUAGAAUCCCUGCACUGCCAGGAGCGGGCCAGUGAGCUCAUGCGCGCCAUGAAGGGAGAAGGCAGCGCUGCAGAAGCCCAGGAAGAGAUCAUUCUGACCGAGACCACCCCACCCUCCCCUUCCCCAGUGCCAUCGUUCUCUCCAGUGAAGCCCCCCACAUCCGUAGAAGUGCCGACUCCCUCAUCUCCUAUGGGCAACCCGUCCCCCGAGUUCACGGGCCUCAGCACUACAGGCGCCAUGCAGUCCUACACCUGGUCUCUGACCUACACGGUGACCACGGCGGCGGGGUCCCCCGCGGAGAGCUCCCAGCAGCUGCCCUGCAUGAGGAGUACCCACAUGCCUUCUUCCUCCGUCACCCACAGGAUCCCAGUCUACCCCCACCGAGAGGAGCACGGGUACACGGGAAGCUAUAACUACGGCAGCUAUGGAAACCAGCAUGCCCACCCGAUGCAGAGCCAGUACCCGGCCCUCCCUCACGACACGGCCAUCUCGGGCCCACUCCACUAUGCCCCUUACCACAGGGGCUCUGCACAGUACCCUUUUAAUAGCCCCACUUCCCGGAUGGAACCUUGCUUGAUGAGCAGUACUCCCAGACUGCAUCCUACCCCUGUCACCCCCCGCUGGCCAGAGGUGCCCACAGCCAACGCGUGCUACACAAGCCCGUCUGUGCACUCCACGAGGUACGGAAACUCUAGUGACAUGUACACCCCCUUGACCACGCGCAGGAAUUCUGAGUACGAGCACAUGCAACACUUCCCUGGCUUUGCUUACAUCAAUGGAGAGGCCCCCACAGGAUGGGCUAAGUGACUGCUAUCAUAGGAAUCCAUAUUUAAUAUUAAUAAUUAUUAAUAAUAAUAAUAAACCCAACAGCUACCCCUCUCCCCCGAAGACUUUGUCUCUCUACAUCGUAACUUGUGGACUAUUUCUAGGUGUCCAGUUUCCUAAUGAAUGCGAGGCUGGGAUUCAGUGUGGGUUGAGUAAACGUUAGUUCAGAAACAGGACUCUCAAAGUCUGCAAGAUCGGGUUCCUGGAACCCAGCCGGACGUGGCUGUUGGAUAGAGCACCAUCUCUGCCAGGCCAGUCUGUGCCUUUUUCCUCAGUUCUGUGGAUUUGCUUUGUGUUGGCAACCACUCCCAGUAAGUUACUUCUUUUCCUGUUGACAAAAGCUCUUUUAGUCUUGAAGGAUGGAUACUAGAGAUGGAAUCUGGUGUUGUGUUCUUGGAUAGGCACAUAAUUUGCCAAGAGCACUCACCUUGCCAUCUGUCAUCUCACCGUACAAUGAACAGCUCUCAGCCGUGCCAUGCAUUCCUUCUUCCUGGUGAUGUCAUUGCUAGUUCCCAGAGCACCAGGGCAAAAUGUGAGUAUACGGAAACUCCAGAUUCCCUGUUCACACUCAAGUCUAUCACAGUCCCUGCAUUGUCCUGGGGUAUAAGCACUGUGUAGAGGGAAAGAGAGGCUUGUUUUGUUAUGCCUUAAGUUAAUGGAGGUGAGGGGACUGGUUCUUCUACAUUUAAGUAUAUGCCCUAAGUUUGCACAAUGGCCAGUGUCAGCAAAAGGCAGAAGAGAGUUGUAAAGUCAUGUGAGAAUGUGGGUUUGUGGCACUGAGUAUCACACUCAGCUCUGUUAUAUAUCAACUUUGUGAAACUAAAUGGGCCAAACCUUAACGUCUCAAGAACCCCGUGUGAAAGUGACUUUCAUGGUUCCUUCAUAAGACUAUAAACAUUUCCGACACUUUGAUAGAAAAAAAAAUUCAAAGCUGUGCCUUUGAGUCUAUACUAUACUGUGUAUGUGUGGAAAUAAAAAUGUAUUGUACUUUUGGAAAUUUUUUCGUAGGCAUUUUUCUGUCAGAUUUGUAGUAAUAUGAGUUUGUUAGAGAUUAACAUAGGUUUUCUUUCUGUAUUAUAAAAUGCACCAAGCAAUUAUGGUGGACCUAUUACCCUAUGGGUAAGAAACAAAUGGAAAUAUGACAUCGGAUGUUUUAGCAAUUGUUCUGUAAAUAAAAAUAUUUGGAUCACA